AUGGCUUCCUCGCCUGCUUCGACCAACGCCGGGCCGCCUCCGUCCGGUUCCAGGAUAGGACGGCCGCCUCAGUGGACCGUAUCUCGGUCUCGGAAAUUGGCUAGGCUUUACCUGUACUCCACGCUGCCCGUCGAGAAGAUCCUCAAGGUCCUCGAGGAUGACGGCUUCAACCCGAAGAAGAACUCGGCCCAGAAGACCGUCCACAAGAUGCUCGACAAUGACCCCCGUUAUCUCCGGCCCGAGUCUCGGGCCGAAAUGAGCAAACGCAUAAUGAGCCUUACCAUGUCCCCAAACCGCCAGAGAAGAAAGACUUGGGGUCGACGCAUAGGAUUGCGAGGGGACGCCCUGCCAACAACCGAACUUACCUCUCCGUUCGGACAGAGUGCCAAGGCGGAGGACACUCCGUCCUUCGAGUUAUCUGCAUCCCCGGACGCUCUCGGCCACAGCUACUUCAGCAUCCCGUUCAAGGGCCAAGAGCAAGAGGGGACCGAUGCCACUGAUCCAAGCAUUGCUUCGUUGCCCCGCAUGAUUCAAGAUAUAAAGAGAAGAGUGUCCGACUGCUCAACCGACUACGCCUUUCAGCUGUGCACAUUAAUCAAAGAGUUCACCAUUUCGAUUUCCUCUGACGACGGCCGCUCAUCUAGCCGUCGCCUGUCAGCAGCCGUCAGCGAAGCCUCUCUGCCAGGCGACCCUCCACCGGAUGAGGCUGUUCCCGAGGUCUACGAGUCAUUUCCGGACCCGGGAUUCGCGCUCCCUGGUGAUUUUCUCACCGCUCAUACCCGCAGCUGUGCAGACUUCCCGGGUCAGCAGCAUGGGAAGGGGAACUGUUGGUGUUCCAUUUCCAAGAAGACAUCUGCUGAGGAGGACUCCUGGGUGUUACCGACGGGCGAGCUGAGUGCACGGGCGAGGCGCGUCCUCGCCCAUCCCUCUCCAGCUCACCUCGGUCUGCGUGACAGCUUUGGGAACACGCCGCUGCAUCUGCUUGCAGCCUUGGAGGGCUACCAAGAGGAGCUCCUGGGAAUGGCGGUGCGGUGCGACCGCGGGAGCCUGAGAAGGGUCAACACCGCCGGACAGACCUUUCUUCACGUCCUCAAUCUCGAGUGCGGCGAUCCGGCCAGCCCGAACCCGUACAUACCACCCCGACGGAACGGCUGUAUAUCGCCGCAGGUGGAGGCCUUUUCCCGCGCAGGCUCCAGCAGCCGCCCGCAGUCAUCCGACGAAGGAUCUUUCCUCGCGUACCACGCCCGCCUCGUGCAAGUAAUCCAAUCUUCGUACACAGACCCCAGCAUCGAGGACGCCGAGGGCCGCAACGGCUUGCAUUGUCUCGCCGAGGCGAUCCUCAACCAGCAAACCAUGGACCGCCACGUGCAGGCCACCGGCCGUCCGCACCUCAAGCGCAAGCUCGAGGGUACCAAGGACAGCCACUACGGCACCGCUGCCAGCAGCCCCACCACUCCCACCACGACGUCUUCCUCCUCCUCAACAUCCCCCUCCUCCGAAGCUGUCCUCACUACGCGCCUGCGCCACCUACAAUCUCUCCUGGACCCCUCCGUCGGCGUCUCGGUCAUGCACUACGACCGCCUCGGGCGCACCCCGCUGAUGGCCUUCAUCGAACACGUGCCGGACGACCACGACGACAAGGCGCGCACGCUGCAGACCAUCCUCGUGACGCUGGUGCGCGCCGACGCCGGCGUGCUAGAGGCGCGCAACCGCCGCGGCGAGACGCCGCUGCUGCUGGCGGCGCGGCUCGGGCGCAAGGUCGCGCUGGCGACGCUGCUCGAGUGCGGCGCCAACGUGCACGCGCGCGACGCCGACGGUCGCGGCGUGCUGGAGCUGCUGGAUGCCGAGGUGGGCGGCGUGAGGGCGAGCGCGGACGUGUGUCUGUAUGCGCGGCUGGAGGCGUGUCGGGUGUUGGUGACGGGACGGAGGGAUUGGGGGUUGGGACUUGCGUUUGGAAUGCUCAAUGAAGUUUGA